AGAGGGGGCCGGGCUAGCUUCAUGGCUAAGGAUUUGUUAUUUUAUUAUGUUGAUGAAAAUAGUACUUUUGUUCUGAUUCAUGACCAUCAUAUAUAAGUAGCACAAAUAAAUACGAUAGCAUGUGUUGAUUUGCCUUUGUUGUAUUAGUCAUCGAUCCAACUUGCUCCUCCUCAACAGAAGAGUUGCUGGGAUCACAUUAGGAAAGGAAAUUUUAUGGUUGUGGUUUUGAGUGCAGUUCAUGCAUGGUUAUGAGUUUUUGGAAAGAAAACAUGGUAAUUCACUUUGACGAGUGCUGUGCGCGUGUGAUGCAUGAUCGGCUGCUUGAUUUUCCAGAACCUAUUUGAUGGCCUAUUUGGUUCGGACUUCAAUUUUGCGUGCAUAUGCACCUGGAGGCACAUGAACCCACUCUUUUCCGUCUUAUCGUGUUCAUUUCUUAACAAUACCUUAGGUUUUUGUUUCUCUCAGCAUCUUGAAACUCUAUAGGCAUCAUCUGAUUAUGCACAAUGGAUGCUGUUUGCGACAUUCAUGUGCUGUAUAUAUGCCUGCAAAUUAGUACUACCACUUGCAUGCCUAACUAUAGGUUGCUGCUACUUGAUCCAGCAUAUAUACUUCAAUAACGUGGUAGUGAUGCCGUUGUUCAAUAGAUGGCCAAGAUAUACAGGGAAAAAGAUUAAAAAGACAACAAGAAAACAAAUAUCGAUUCCUCUAGAAAAUUAAGAAGUGAUCCACUACUGCUAGCUGAUAGUGCUUCAUUUUAGUUUCCCUUCUACGAAUUGAACCUUUUUUUUUUUUGAAACGGGGAACUAUUGAACCUAUAUGAUUAGAUUGCUUCAAUUAUUGAACCUUCGUUUGACCUCUUUCCUCUAUGAUUAGGUUGUAAUUAACUAACUCGAUUUUAUAUAUAUACAGGGGGGGCUCCAAGCUCCAACCACGAUGACCAUGGCUGAUGAUGUUAAGAUCCAGAUCGAGGAAGAGCACCCGGUGUCCGUAGUCGAGACGACCGUGCCCACUGGCAAGGAUCCAAGGCAGGCUUCGAGUUCAUCAUCUGUCGAGACGGAAACAGCCGCGGAGGAGACGGAGAGGCCUGCAUCAGGAACACCAGCCACAAAAGGCCAGGAUGAGACAAGCUCCGCGGGGACGGGGGACGAGCAACGUGGCACGGCCGAGGGCGAGAGAAACAUCCAGUUCGGCGCCGUGGUGGCCGUCCUCUCCUUCGCCGUGAUGCUCCCCGGCCUCUCCUUCAGUUCGGCGUUGCCAAAGGGGCCGGACAACUGGCGCCUCGACAUCCUCAUGCUCCUCGCGUUCGCUUCUUGCAUCUGCGGCUUAUCCUUCAUGCUCCUGAGCAUGCAGCUGCUGGGGGCGGCCCCGGAGAUCCGUGGCUUCUACCACUGGGCCAUCUCUCGGUGCCUCUUCUACGCCUGCAUCGCCUUACCGGCGCUGACACUGCUCAGCCUGCUGCUAGUCAUGCCGUUCAAGCUCUACCUCUACGUUGGCCUCGCCGUGCCCCCGUUGGCGGUGGUGGCCGUCGCCGCCGUCCACUGGUACGCGAACAGCAGGAGCGACGGAGCAACAGAGCCUCCGGACGGCGACGACGCGGCCGAGUCGACGGAGCAGGCGGAGGAGAUGGAAGCCAGCUCAAAGAUCACCGGGGCCUUGAUGGCCUCGUCAUUCGGGGGCCUCGUCGGCACGCUCGGAGCCCUGGACAAGCAACAGCAACCGGGAGACGCCGCCGGCGACGACGAUACCCUCCGCGCCACCCACGUUGCCAUCAUGUUCAUGUUCAGCACGGCAGUGAUGAGCGUUCUCCUGAUGGUCCUCUCGAUGGUGGCGCUCAAGAUUGAGAGCAGACUGCGCAGGCGGUCCCUCGUCGGAGCGAUCGGGCACGCAAACGUCAUCCUCCUCGGCCUGCUCGCCGUCGCCGCAUUCUCGGCGGCAUUCGUGGUGCUCAGGUUCUACGUGCUCACCGCGUUCAUCUCCCUGGCCCUCGCUGCCCUCGUCCAGUUCAUCAUCCAGCACUUCGCAGCCGCCAAGAAGGGCGCCGGUGACGGUAAUGAACAGGGGAAAGCCCGGGAGAAAUUAGACCGGCAAGAUGUGCAGCCAGCUGACCCGGACCCGAUCCAGGAGAAGCAGCUCGGGUGGAUGGCCGACAUAGGGAAGCAGGUGACCGCGUGGUCGCUGGGGGGAGUCAUGAUGAUCUUUGGACGCUUCAUCGGGGAUUCUGACAGAACCCACGGCAAGACGGCGGCGAACAAGACCUGCAUGUUCCUGCUGACCUCGGCGUUUGCAUCAGGGCUCGGGCUCAUGUUCCUGAUGAUGAACUUCCGGCCGGGCGGUCCGGCCAGGGGUGGCUUCAACGCGGCCACCAACAUACUGGCCUGCGCCGCCCUGGGGAUGAUUGCAGCCGCCGCGCUUGCCAUCUACGGCGUGGCGGUCAUCAAGUCGUAGCUAGGCGAUGAAGAAUACUCUAACUUUAAUUAUGUAUUUUUUGUUCUUUAAGGGUAACUCCAAUAUAUAAUCUUAGCCAAGGUGCGAACAUGUGACACCUCAAGAGGUGCUUUGCUAGAAAAAUAUGUCACCCUGAAGCCAACUCCUCAUGAUCACGAAAAUCACAGACAGAUCCUGAAGACCUAUCCAGCAUCAACUGUUGUACUCUUUUUCCUUUGAUGAGUUUUUUCCCAUUGGGUUUCUCAUGCAAGGUUUUUAAAAAUGAAGCAACAGAUGCAACA